AAGCAAGUUUCAGAAUGAAUACAAUAUGUCAAAAGAAACAAAAGCAGAAUUGACAGAAUCAGAUGGAUCCAGAAAGCUAGAGGACGAAAACAGCUUAGGAGAUGUGAAGUUUUAUCCACCCCUAUACACGCAGAGGUACUCCUUUGCCACAAAGAUCUUGGAAAAGCAUGGUGUUAAAUGGGUGGUUGAUCUAGGAUGUUCAGAGUGUGCAGUUGUGAGAUUUUAUAGAGAGGUUCCAAAUCUACAAAAGAUACAGCUAGUGGACAUUGAUAGAGAGACAUUAGAUUUUAAUAAAAACCGCAUUAAACCACGACCAUCAGAUUAUAUAUUCAAAAGGACUAAUCCACUGAGUAUUGAGAUUUAUGAGGGGAGUGCGACAAGUUUAGAUAAAAGAACUGUUGGAUGUGAUGCUGUUUCUAUGAUUGAGUUCAUAGAGCACCUUUAUCCAGAUAUUCUUGAGAAAGUUGAGGAGAAUGUAUUUGGGCAACUCCAACCCAAUUUGGUAGUAGUUACCACUCCUAACUAUGAAUUCAACAGUCUCUUUCCAGGAGAACUCAGAUUUAGACACUAUGACCAUAAGUUUGAGUGGACAAGAAGUGAAUUUCAAAGCUGGUGUCAGGGUGUGUGUGAGAAGUAUAAAUACGCUGUGGAGUAUACAGGGAUUGGGGAUCCUCCAUUGGAAUCUCAGCAGGUCGGAUUUUGUUCCCAGGCGGCCAUCUUUACUUCAUCAUCUCAAUCUAAACCAUCUGUUGAGUCAAAAGGAAAUUGCUAUUGUUUAGUUGCAGAAUCUACAUUUCCAUACAAAGAUAAGGACACCUUAUCUGUAGAAGAAACCCUGAAGUCGGAGGUGUCGUACAUCAUUAAUUUACUCACAAGGAAUCAUCAAACUAUGGACUUUGACCAGUCAUGUUUGUGUGUACAGGAAGACGACAAAGAACAAAUGGAGAUCCCUGUUGAACAUUUGAUGUUCUUCAGUAGAAUUUCUAAAUUAGUCAAAACUGAUGAUCUAAAGAAAUUUUUGCAAGAUAGUGGUUACCAGCUUACAGAGGACCAAACCAGAGUGAUCAUUCCCUUGGAAGAUGAUUGGGAAGAUAGAUACGGCAGCGAAGAGGAGAGUGAAAUGGACACUUGUGUGGAAGAUUCUAAUGAGAACUCUUAUGAGGCAGCCACUUCCUGUGUCAUUGACACUGAGGAGAUCUGGGAUUGAUUUGAACAAGGGUUAAUAUUAUUCUUGUUUUGCAUCUUUUUAAAUUUUUGUUAUUUUUCAUAGAUAUUUUAGUUUUUGACUUUAGUUUUACUUUUUGUCUUGUUAAGACAUUCCUUUUUGUCUUGUUAAGAUAUUCUUUUUUUUUUCUUUAUUAAUUUAAAAGAAGAAUUAUUAAGUAUUGCAUGAUAUUUGUGCAGGAGCUACUUCUCUCAUGAGAAGGAAAUUUAAUUCUUUUAAUUGUUUU